AUCAGUGAUGAGAGUGCAUCUGCCUGCACACGAUACGAACAACCAAAACGUAAAAAGUGAACCGAGAUGCGAGACUUGCGCGUGAGGAACUUUGCUCGUUAGGUACCUGCUUAACUAUCAAGAGACACUUCAAGCGUAUACUGCUACGACUUAUUAUUUUUCAACUACAAUUUGUGAUAUAUCAGUCGAAGUUCAGACAUCCGAGAACGCAAAUGUGCAGUAAAUAAUAGAAAUAUCAAUAGUCAAGCAAUUGGUUGAACAAGGAUGGCGAGAAAUUUGCAAGCUUUACUACCGCUACUGAUCGUCUUCGUUUUGGAACAGUGUCAAGCCGAGCUUUUCUAUAACAUCAUCAAACAAGAAGACCCUUGUGUUAACCGAUGCAAGGAUGCACCUCUACCGCUUACAAAUAAGGACAUCGAUCCUGAGGGUAAAUAUGUGACUACUUGCUGUCAGAGGGGCUGCAGGUUCUUUAAUUUGGUCGACUUACGACGCGAAUUGGAGCCAAGCAACUUAAACACAAAUGCAAGCUUAGAUGCUUGCGACUCAACUUGUACAGAAGCUUACACUGUCAUACAAGACUUGAUAGCCUGUCGAAUUGGAUGUGCUUUUAUGGCAAAUCAGCUUGUUAGUGGCUUAUCAUCCCUCUUCUCAAUUGCUAUUCGCAUUGAAGAUGGUUCUCAUCCUAAUAUACUUUUCAUGUCACCUGAUAUUCCUGACAAUGAUUUGUUAGCUGAUCCCGGAUUAGGAAAGGAAAUCUUACCUGGGUGGUGGGACACUGAUGGUUUUAAAUUACCAGAAACUUACUUCAAGACUGUUCCUAUUGAUUCUGGAACAGUGGAUUAUGGCAUUCCAUCAGAAUAUAUAAUAGAAAGCGAAAAGUCAACAUCAAUUCCUGGGUCAGAUUGGCUUCAGUGUGCAUCGCGCCAUACAGGUAUACCUCGUUGGCUACUGGCAUUUGUGAUUGCAUCUGCUGCUCUGUCUGCUCUUUGGUUAUGUUUAUCUCCUGAUAAAUCACCUGAACCAAUAGAAAAAGUACAUCUAGUCAGUCGAAGUAUUCCUAAUAAGGUUACAGUGUACCUACCCGAUGAAGCUCCUUUAUAUAAAAAACCACCCCCGAAGUACGAUGAGAUUGUGAAUAUACAUCAACCAAAUUUUGAGGUUUAGAUUAGAUGAAAGUAAGAUAAACUUGUUUUACAUACUUUUUAUUAUAAAGCAAAACAGUUUAGUCCAGAAAAUCACUACUAUUUUAUACAAUCACACUGAAAUUCAAGUAGUUUCAAAAAUAUUUCCUUUUUACCAAUUGUUGAAAUUCAAUAUAUCAUUAGGGCAUUAUUUUAAUUAUUUAAGUGAAUCAGAAAUUUUCAAGCUAAUAAAUUAUAAAAAAGAAGAUAGAAGUCUUUUAUUGCAAAUACUACAUAUAUAGAGCUCUCAUUCAAAAUCAUAAGUAAAUAAAUCAAACUGAAGGUAGACAUUAGAUAUAUGUAAUUAAUACGAUCUCCAAUAAUAUAUACAAUAAUUAUUAAUAUUUUGAUCUCAGCAAAUAAUCCUGAUAACUUUAAGAUGACCUGUGGUUAACCAGCAGGAGGCAUAAAUGUACAAUUUUGAUUGUAUGUUAAAAAGUAAUAAGAUUACCAAAGAUGUGAAUGUGAUAUGUAUCAUCGCUAUAACACUCAACCCAUUACUUAUAAGAAUCAUCACUUUAGUAUUUGAAUCGUUUCAUGUUAUAAAAUUUGAGUACUGGAUUUUAAAUACUUAAUUACUGUGUAGUAAUGAUGAAGAUUCGAAAUGAAUAUUAUUUUUUCUAUAGGCUUAAGAAUUGUAAUUGAUUGGAACAAGGAAAAGUUUAAUACUAUUGAAAGAGAAAUUUUAUUAUAUUUAGCGAUAUAGAAAAUAUUAAAAUUGCAUUGUAAAGAUUUAUUUUAAUUUAUGAAUCACGUUUAUAUUUAAUCUAUGUAAGACUUGAAAUGUGAUAUGACGUGCUCCAGUGACCCAUUUUUAAGUUGCUGUACGAAAUUUCAACUUAAUAGAUUAUUAUGAAGCUUGUUGAGCUAUAAUGAAUUUGAUUAAAUAAAUGUAAAUUACUAAUGUCGUAGUUAAUUGUAAUUCCAAAAAAUUAAGGUAUUGACGAUCAAUAAAAAGUCAA